AUGGUUAUUGGCACGAGUUCCACAGUAAGGGCAAAGCUUUUGCAAAACUACUUUUCUGACGUCUAUCAAGAGUUUCUAAAGCUUUCUCCCGAUAUUGACGAGAAGGCGUGGCGCUCCCCCGACCCCUUUGAACUUACAAGACUUGUUGCGUGUGCCAAGAUGCGGGCCGUUUUGGAGAAGUUAAAGCACACACAUCCUCAUCUGAAGCACGGUGUGGUGGUGACUUUCGAUCAAGUUGUGGUAAAGGAUGGUGAGAUUCGUGAGAAGCCCGAGUCCGUGGAGGAGGCCAGAGGCUAUUUGAAGUCUUACUCGAACAGCAAUGUAAGGACGGUGGCUGCGUACGCCGUCUGCUCGCUUGAUACAGGUAAAAUGAAGGUGGGAGAGCAUGAAACAGAUACAUAUUUCUCCGCUUACGAUGAUGAUGUCGUUGAACGUGUGCUCGCGAGAGGAGCGUGCAUGCACACGGCUGGUGCAUUCGUUGUGGAAGACGAGGACAUUAGUCGCUACGUUGUGCGCAACGUGGGGACGCUUGAGGCUGUACAGGGAGUAGACCCUGUGGCGCUUGAACAUCUAAUGAAAAAGGAAUAA